AUGGACCCUUCCCUGGAUCCCAGCGCUCGGUGUUGCGAUCAGCAACAGCAGCAUCCCGCAGUAGCAGCAGCACCGCGAGAGGCGAGCGAGGAGACAGGUGGUAUUCUCCUGUACUACAAGUACAUCCCCCUCGGCGAAGAGGGGAGGGCCGUCGUGAAGGAUUGGUACGUUGAGCACUGCGGGGUCGAGCGGCUUCGAGGCAGGGUGCGAGUAGCCCUAGACGGCGUGAACUGCACCUUGGGAGGAAGCCUAGCGGCUCUGCGCAGGCACAUCGGCAGCGUCGAGGCACACGUGGCCCUGCGAGGGCACGAUAUCGACUUCAAGCUCGCCUCCUCACGAGGGGCGAGAAACUCCCAGGCAGCCCAGGAGUCCGGCUUCACGACGCUAUCCGUGAAGGCGGUCAAGGAGGUGGUCACUCUCGGUACUCGGGGAGCGGGCCUGUCCCACCUCGAGGGCGGAAGACACGUGUCCCCGCAGGAGUUCCACCGCUUGCUGCAGGAGGGGGCCGCUCGGAAUCGGCAGGCCCACAAAGUCGUUUGCGACGAGGGAGGAGGAAGAACGUCUUCCGGGAAGGAAUCCGUCGCCGCUACCGCCGGCGGUGUUGUUGGUUUGUCGUCGCUAGAUGCACCUACGCCGGCGGAUGAUCGGGGCGGUGAUCUGGCGGAGGCAACGCCAACACGGCGAAGCGGUCACGGGACUGUUGUGGCGAGGGCGAUGAACGAAGGAGCUUCGACGGUCUCGGAGGGUUGCGCAGGGGCGCCGGCGCCGGCGGCAGCGCCGGCGAUAGUAGGAAAAAGUUUACAGGGCGGCGAAGGGGACAAGGGAGACAAAGACGUGCCGCCGGGGUGCAGCGAGAGUGCUGGGGCUAACGCUGAGGAUGCGACGGUUGCGGAGGAAAAGGAGGCAGUGCUGCUUGACGUGCGAAACGUGUACGAGACCAGCAUCGGGCGUUUCAGGGGGAAGCGGGUGCUCAUGUACUGCACGGGAGGAGUUCGAUGCGAGCUGGCGUCUGCGCUUGUCCGGCGGCACUGCGACGCCGACGCCACCGGCACGGACGUCUUGCAGCUCUCGGGCGGUAUCGAACGCUACCUUCAAAGCGCGGGAGGGGGGGGGGAGCAGUCGCCGGAGGGGUUCUUCCGUGGCAAGAACUUCGUCUUCGACGAGAGGUGGUUCGUGCUCGCCAGCAAUCUUUGCUGGACGCUCGUGAUAAAACUGUCCGGGAAGCCAGAUUUCAACAAGGACAAGCGUUCAAGGCCAGGAGAGAAAGAAAGACACAUGUUGGCUGACCAUAUACAAAUACUCUUCGGGAAAGAGCGAGGGCUGAAGCAAAGGCGCAAAAAAAUACAGCUUUACUAG